AUGGCCUCAGCAAGCAGCACCGUCACCACUACUUCAACUCCCCAAUCCCAGUCCCAGUCUCAACCACCACUUGUCCCCACCAUCCUCUCCUCCUGCCACUCCUCCAACACAUCAACUCCAACCCCAACCCCAACCCAAACCGCCUCCAAGCCAGCCUGUUCCACCUGCCCAACCCAUCUCCUCAAUUCCCUUAAAAGGGACGGCUACAUCCACAUCCCUUCGCUCCUGGACCCAGUCCAGAUCUUCUCCCUGCGCAAAGCCGCAACGCACAUAGUCACCCUGGCCCGCUCAGGCAAAUGGCCGUAUAUCCGCACCGUGCCCAAGCAAUUUCCCCCCUGGUCAUCGACUCCACCUCCCGACUCUGAUGGCGGCAUCUGGGGCAUCCAGCACCUCCUGCACCCUGACAUGCCAGGGCGCAAGGAGUUCGCCAAACUGUACUUCGGGAAUGCGAUCAUCGGCGUGGUGAAAGAGUUGCUGGGUCUCAAUCUCUACGAUCCCAGGAGCGAAGACAAGAUCGUGAUGGAGUUGUUAAACCUGCUGGUCUCGCCCAGUGGGAACAGAGACUUCGAAUUGAGGUGGCAUCGAGAUGAUAUCCGCUGGGAGGUGGAUGCAGAAGAAGAAAAGAGGCAAUUGGACGAGAAGAGUCCCGGAGGCCGACAGGCUCAUGCGCAGUAUAAUAUCGCGUUGUUUGACGAUGAGAGCUUGAUUGUUGUGCCGGCGAGUCAUAGGAGGGUGAGGACCGAGGAGGAGAGGAAUGCCGAUCCGUAUGCGCCGGAGUUGAAGGAUAUGAAGGUCGUGAAGAUGAGGGCUGGGGAUGCGGUGUUCUAUGAUAGUAAUAUUUUGCAUAGGGGAGUGUACAAAGGAGUGGAUCUGGAGAAGGGGGAGGUGGGAAGGAUGACGCUGCAUGGGAGCGUGGGUUUAUAUGAUCAUAGCGAGGAGAGGGCGAAGAACGUGCUGCAGCAUGGUCUGAGGGACUGGGUGGAUAGGGAAGACGCUCCAUUCAAUGAGCUGCAGGGCAAGUGUCGGGCCCGGGCAGAGGGGAUGCGGAUGAGAUUGGUCGAGAUGGGUAAUGGAGAGGAUCUGGGAUAUUCGUUGGAAGGAUGA